AUGAUAUCUGAAGUGUUCAAUACCAUCCUACUAACGUACUUGGUAACAGAGUAUCUUGCCGCCACAAAUACGAAUGAAAGAAGAUAUGAUUCCAACUGGCAGCUCCGUUUGGUGCAACCGCGAACGAUACUGGCGGCUGUCGUGGUCGUCUUCCUGAAUAUCUUUGACCGAGUCUCGGGCUUUGCGCUCUUCAUCAAUGAUACCGUCACGGGGUUUUUCCACAUGCCCAAGGUAUUGUUCGUCGCUUGGGCAUACGUACUAGUUCUGUAUGUGGAUUGUCGCAGAAUCUCUCCGGAGCUUGAUUUUACCCGCGAGUUCAUGCCUAAGGUUGGUCGAGCAUUCCUGUACGUGCUGCCGGUCUAUCCUAUCUCGGCAGUACUGAUCUCGUUUGGGUUUUUGAUCGUCAUUACCAUUUGCGACGCCUUACAUCUUCCUGAGGACUGGCUGCAGUGGCCGAUCUAUUACGGAACAUUGUACGGACCGUUUUCGUUAGUGUACUGGAAAGUCAAAAAGACCGUCACUGAAGACCGCGCCACUCUUCCGUCAUUGGCCGGACACGGGCGAUCGCUAGGAGACUAA